AUGGACGCUGAACAGGAGCGUCCGGCCAAGCGUCAGCGUAUUGGAAAAGCAUGCAAAUCAUGUCGCACAUCCAAAGCACGGUGCGAAGUGCAGCAGAACGCUGACGCAUGCCACCGAUGUCAAGUACUCGAUCUCGAAUGUGAAUUGCCAAAGCGUAGCUCAAAUCGCAUCUCGGUGCCAGCUCCUUCUGACUCAGCCAACGACAAUGAUGUUGAAACCCGGCUCAAACGCGUCGAACAGAUGAUUGCCAAGUUGUCUGAAGCGGUCUUUCCUCACUCCGAGUCCACCUUGAACCGAGCCGGCGGUAAUUCGAACAGUCCUGAUGCUCCUGCAGAAGGACAUAACCCGGACAUAGUGAUCGCACACAACUACCCCAAACCAGUCGAAAUUCUCCAAGACCUGCAAUCCGAGUUGUAUGCUCAGUCAAACCAAGUCUCUUCAGAAGAGACCAAUCAUCUUGAUGUGGUCUCUGUAGGUCUGUUGUCUUUCGAGACUGCAGUCCAGCUCCUUCGAACGUCGAUCGACAGGUACAGCAAGUGGAUUCCUCUAGCUGAUGUUGUCAAGUUUGUCAGCAACGUGUCGCGGGAUUUCUCUCGGAGCUCACCCUUGUUGAUGAAUGUACUCUGCUUACUGGCAACUCGUUACCACCCUGAGAUCCCUUCGCAGACAAUACAGGACAUCUACAAACACGUCAAGCGCCUUGUUGCGGAUGCAGUCAUCGAGACACCCCCAGUCGCAAGUAGUGUCGUGCAAUCAUUGACCUUGCUUUGCCUCUUCAGCCCUGCUGUACAAACCGACAAGCCUCUGGACAGUUGGCAUCUGAGUGCUAGUACCGCGAACCAUGCAGUCGUCGCAUUUGGACCGAGCAACGUCAAGCAACCAGGUGCAAUCGAAGAACGUACUGUCGAGCAGUUGCGCGUGUGGAGUAGCCUGUGUCUUACUCAUUUACAAUACUCAAUUGGCAGUGGCCGACCUCUCAGCAUUUCGGUUCGACUCAUGGAUGGUUGUCGCCGUCUACUGGAACAACCCACGAUCAUGCCAUUCGACACGCCAUUGAUAGCCGAACUGCAGUUCUACAUCUGUCUCCACACAACUCUACAAAAUCCCACAGCGACCCCAGAAUCUGCUUUCACUCCUUGGGACUUUGCAUGGAGCCGCUUUCUUGCCAGCUCGGGGCCACCGAGAACCCUCGAGUUGUCCCACUGGUUUGGGCACUUGCUGCUGCACCGUCGCAAUGCUUCUUCUCAGCAAGGCUUGUCACCUCAAGUUAUGCACGAGAAGAAUAUACCUGCUUGGCGAGAAAGUGCAAACAUUGUCUCUCAGUUCGUGCGCCACUCUUCAGACCAGGCGCCUGACCUACCCGAUUUCGCUUUCUUUAUUGCAUCAUACGCAGCGCUAGUCCUCUGUGAAAGCGCGAUCGAUCAUCACCUGGUCGAGAACUUGCGGGCGUAUCUCUUCAAGGUUGCAUGCGGCGAAUCGCACAUUGCAUUCAAGCAUGGAUACAUCAUACAACGCGCACUGGAAAGAUCGAGGCACGCAGAAUCAAAUGGAGAAGAUAGCACAAGUGCUGGUGCUGACAUUUUGCCCCAAAUCCACACUGCCGGAACGCCUUUGCCGUCUCAAGCUAUGGGCAUGGGAGACUUUGAUGCCUUGGUUGGCUUUGACAUUUUCGGCGAAUAUUUCACUGUUGAGAGUCUGCUGUGA